CAUCUUCCGACAUGGACUUAUUGCAUUGGGGUUGUAUGCUGCUUUGACAUUAGCCGUAGAAGUCAUCCAUAUCCAAGCGUAUUUGCAAAGGCAUGGCUACGACGCAAAUAGUUGAGCAAGUCAUUUACAUAACAAUGAAUGAAAGUGCCGUUACAGAACUCUUACCACCUCUGGCGAACUCGUCAUCGAACACGACUUCUGCUGGGACGACGCACGAGGCAAAACUUGACGUCUGGGUGGUCGUGCUCGAGUUCAUCCUCGGCAUCAUCGGAAUCGUAGGAAACUCGCUGGUCUGCAUCAUCAUAUGGAGGGCAAAGUUCCUCCACAAUUUCACCAACUACCUCAUUCUGAGUCUAGCCUUCGCUGAUCUCGUCGCUAGCCUGAGUUUAGUGUGUAACGUGUUCGUGCUCGAAGCCCAACUAGGCAGGACACCAGCGAACGAUAUUGCCGCUGAGCUGUACUGCAGACUCUACUCCAGUCGUUUCUUGUUCUGGACCAGCGUCACAGCUUCGGUCUUUAAUCUUGUAGUCGUGACAUAUGAACGUUUUCUUGCCAUCGUGUACCCGUUACACUACCCACUGUACUUUACUGAGAGAAAAGUUGGCAUGCUCAUAGCUGGAACGUGGAUAUUUGCUCUAUUACAAGAAGUAUUCGCCUUUUUCGUUAACUAUUACGACAGGAUCAGCCAAACUUGCGGCUACGGCUACCCCACAGAAGCUGGACGUAUAUUCGUGGGAGUGCUUGUGUUUCUUCUUUCCUAUUUCUUACCGCUUGUUGUCAUGAUAUGGGCCUACUACAAGAUCAUGCACAAUUUGAAACGAGGCGCGCAACAUUCGUCUGCGGGAGGAGGUCUCAAUAACCGCGGUGACCCCGCCAUCUUGCGCGCGCGUCGCAAAGUAGUUUACGUACUCUUUACUGUCGUCAUCGCGUUUGUCGUGUUAUGGAGUCCAAAUCAGCUUGUAUAUCUCUUUGAAAACUUUGGUGUGAUAAUCGUCUCAACAGACCAUACCCUUUACAAAGUAUUUCGUCUCAUGGCGUUCUCAAACUCUGUCAUCAAUCCCAUUAUCUAUGCGUUUAAAUACAAGCAGUUUCGGAAGGGGUUUCGAGUGGCGAUUAUGUGUCUUUGUACGUCGAACCACAUUCAUGACGGGCAAGCUGCGACCACGGAACUGUCCAAUUCAUGACGUUUACAGACACUGAUGUUAAGGAUAAAAAGAUGAGCUGCUAAGUACAAGAAGAUGGACAAUUCUAUAGGAGAAUGGAGGAAAUACAUGGGAAUCUAUCACAUUUAUAUUUUUACUGAUAUUAUAUUGUAGUAAUAGACAGCUGGGGAGCGUUUCAUCAACAUUUCUGUCAGCCAAGCUGUCAGAUCUGACAGGUUUCCUUGAAUUUGAUUGGUCCAGAAGCACUGUUACUAUGGUAACUGUCGGAUAAAACAGGACUCGUCGGAUAAAACAUCCGACAAGUCCUUCAUGAAAGGUUCCCCAGUCUUCAUAAUCGUGAAUUAAAAUUUAGCUAUUAUCUAGGGUUGAUUUUGAAAUAGGCCUACAUGUAAACUACAAAAAUAAUCCACAUAGACAGGCAAGAUUUCAUUCUUCUAUAUUUUUACUACACAUUUAUUUUACUUUGAUAUGUAGAAUUCAAAAGUCACCUUAUAGCACGAUUUUCUUGAUUUUACGAAAAGAAAAACAAUGCACUCAAAAAAAUAAAAUCCACUAACCCGAUACAAAAUUGCUGUUACCAUGGUUACUGAUUGAUUUAUUUAAAAAACAUUGCAAUCGUCCAUCUUCUUUGGCAUUUUAAUUAGCUUUAUUUAUUGAAGUAUAGAUUACUUUGAUUUAAUUUCGUAUUUGAAUGUAAAGAUGAUGUUUUCUUACCUUGAACAUUUAAUGGAAUUUCAUGGAUGUGUAUUAAUGAACUUUGAAAUUUAAAGCAUGACGGGCCCCUUGUACACUACACUCACUGGUGGAUCGGGGGGGGGGGGCACAGCCGGCCCGUGCCCCCAAUUAAAAUGUGUGAUGUAAAAUGCCGUUGAACAAAAGUGUCCCCCCCCCCCCCCCCAUGAAAGUGAAGUCUUUUUUGGCUUGUCUUUUUUUCUGGACGAAAUGUCCAAAUUUUUGGGUUUAAAACCUUUUUUUUAUUGCUUGUCGGGAAAAUGUGACCCCUCCCCUCUUUAAAAAAUCCUGGAUCCGCCCCUCACUUUACUGCCUAUUUGUGAUCAAUUUUUAGAGGAAAAAAAUAUGAAAUAACAUUUAUUGCAUUUUGAUAUGCUAAUUAUAACCUGUUACAUUUUAACGAUCUACCUACCGAAGAGUGGUAUCAAUAUAAACAUUGAAACUCAUAUCAGGAAUAUUGCGAGCCUUCCCAUUGGAAUAAAAAAAAAUCGAUCCAGAAUCGAAGUGACGUCGUAGCAAUCUUUUCAUCGUUGCAGCGAUUGAAACCGACAAUGAUUUUCUCAAACUACGGGACAAGCAAUAAACCUGCAUUUCGAUUUUAGUAUUCCUAUCUGCCUUUACAUCAUCAAGUAAAACAAUUGCACUUUUGUGAAAUUCAAUAUUCAUGCAAAAUGUGAUUUAGAAAAAAUAGGUUGCAGUCAGAUUGUAUAUUGUUCUGCGGCGCCGAAAGGAUUAUUAUUCACGACAGCAUAAAUCACAGGCAGAUUACGCGAUAGGCCUACAAAUGUCAUUUCUAUUUUGAGUCACAUUAUAUUCUUUAAAAAGAUGCAAUUCACGGUGAUGCGUAAAAAGUUUCGUCUUUAAACAAUAGUCACAGAGUAAUGUAUAAGUUUUAUAUAAGACUUUGUUAAGUCUUUGGCCCACUGGUUUUCGGGUUUCCCCAUUCGUGUUGCCAAACGUUUUCAAUAUCUUAUUGGCUGAAAAGUCGAACUAUGUGAUUGUGUCCGAGCUCAGAUCAGUUGUUUUCAAACUCAGCUAGAUGUAUAUUAUCUGUAUCUAAAAAAAAAUCGUUACUUUGAAUAUUAAGCAGUGUUUUUUUAUCCUUUCAUGUCAUAGGGUGUAUUUUGUUCUGAAACAUAGUCGUCCGUGGUUUCUACUUUAAGUUUUUUGCGAUGUUCAAAUCCAUGGCAUUAGAGGGGACCGUUGCAAAAAAGCUGCCUCGAAAUUCAUAGAAAAAAAAGAUUCGCAAAUUUAAAAUUCACAUUUGAUUAGUUAAAAUCGAUUGAUUGAUGCGAUUGAUUUUUAAAGUUUCGUUUAAUUGCUUUUUUUUUCAACCGUCUCUGAUUAAAUAAUAGAAAUCUUCGAAUGAUUGCCUUUGCAGUCAAGUUGGUGGCAAUAAAACUAAAGAAGGCGAUAUGCUAAUGACUGUUGCACUUAAGCGAAUUUGAUAGCAACGAUUAUCAUCGUAUAAAGUAUAAGGGACUAGCAUUGUGUAUUUUACAGAUGAUUAGAAUGUUAGGUAUGAAUUAUUCAUGUUCAAAUCCAUAUUAUUUCCAUAAUGGAGCAAAUACACUUCAUGUUUGUCCGUGUAUAUCAAAAACAACCAGGAAAAUGUCGCACCCAACAAUAGAGUACCGAAGCGAUGACGUCAGUUGCCAUUGUGUCAUGGCGGCCUGGUUCUAAAAACAAAUGAACCCGCUGAAUAAAAGCGUGUGUUUCUCGUAGGAGAAAAUGGACUCUAUCGGAAUUUGAUCGCUUGCAACCUAUUUUUCAGACGAGCCAAAGUCACACAAAUGUGUACAGACGAUCGUCAGCUGCGACUCUGUUUAGAACCAGCCCGCCAUGACACCAUGGCAACUGACGUCACACUUCGGUAUUCUAUAGGAAGAAUCAAUUGGGCAAUAAUUAUUGCUUUUCACCAAGCUUAUUUUUGGUUGCUUGAUGUAUAAACCCACGCGUGAAAAUAUCAGGUCUGCUCAAUAGAGAGUUUUCGCACCGAUAUGGAGAACUAAUUUAGGAACACAGUAAAUGUAAUGGAAAUGCCCGUCAAAUGACAGUGAAAAACUGGGAGGACAUUGUCGAAAAUUUGUGAACUCACUGGAACAGCAGUUUCGUCCUAAGUUUCGGAGCUGAGAGAGAAAUUGCGGAUUUGAUUCACAAUUUUCGACAAACCCGUCUUGGUUGUUCUUUGUCAUAAGGACAUUUGACAUAUUUUAUGUUCUUGAAAGCGUUCUGCAUCGCGAUGCUAAAACUCUUUACACUGCAAAAACUCUGGUGUUGAUUUAACAGCCCAGAAUAUAUAUUUGUCCACACCAGAGAAGUGUUAAACAACAACAGUUUCGUUUUGAUCUAUCACCAGAUAGGUGUUUAUACAACACCAAUUAGUCUUAAAAUAGCAUCGGUUUGAUUCCAAACUGGUGCUGUUUCAAUACUUUUCUGGUGUGGACAUAUAUAUAUUCCGGGCUGGUGUUAAAUCAACACCGGAUUUUUUGCAGUGUAAUGUCGUCUAACGAAACCGAUUCCAGACUGAUGUAAACAAUUACGCAUUUCCAAUAGUAGCCUUAUAACAUCAGUGGGUUUGCAUUCGGUUCACCUUAUUCAAGUCCGGUUAAACCGACUCGAAACCGAUCAAAAUGAUAAGGCUAUUUUUCAAUGACGUACCAUCGGUCGGUUUAGAGUCGGUUCUGCUGUUGCGAACUGCACCGCAACGCUAAAGUCACACCAAUAAAACCGACUCGAGAACGACCAAACUCAUUACGUUAUUACCAGUGACAUACCAUCGUUCGGUUUAGAGUCGGUUUCCUCGGUGUUACAGUGAAACAAGGCUUUGAAAGUGUCAUUGCCAGAGUUGGAAAAAAUAAGGAGGAUGGUAGUCAUGAUGUGCUUAAUAACUGUAUAUUUUGGUUGUAAUGGGUAUAUGACUUGAUGUGAUACUAUUUUGUGUUUGUUUGUUUGUUUUGAUAGAGACCAUUUUGUACAUAAUAUUCAAAUUUGUUAAGAUUUCAAAUUAUCCCGAAAACGAGGGAUAAAUAUGUAAGCGGCUUGAGCUGUUUCACUGAAAUUGCAAACGAUGAAUCAUGAUUUA